AUGCGUGCAGCGCUCUGCACCUGCCUCUUCCUGGGCCUCCUGCCCGCCACCUGGGCCGCCACCCGGAGAUACUACCUCGGUGCGGUGACUGUGUCCUGGGACUACACACGAGGUGACCUACACGGCGGGCUGCGUGAGGACACCAGAUUUAUACGUCAAGUCCCAAGGGAAGUACCAGGCGGCUCCUCGCGGGUGUCCAGGAAGACCGUGUUCGUGGAGUUCACCGACCACCUGUUCAGCACCGCCAAACCCAGGCCCCCCUGGAUGGGCCUGCUGGGCCCGACCAUCCGGGCUGAGGUUUCCGACACAGUGGUCGUCACACUUAAGAACAUGGCUUCUCACCCUGUCAGUCUGCACGCCAUGGGCGUGUCCUACGGGAAAGCUUCUGAAGGGGUUGAAUAUGACGACCGCAGCAGCCAGAAGGAGAAGGAGGACGACCGCGUGGGCCCCGGGGAGAGCCACACGUACGUGUGGCAGGUCCUGGCGGAGAGCGGCCCCAUCGCCUCCGACCCGCCAUGCCUCGCCUACUCGUACCUGUCUCACGUGGACCUGGCGAGAGACCUGAACUCGGGCCUUGUCGGAGCCCUGCUGGUGUGUAGAGCAGGAACCCUGGCCAAAGAGGGCGCACAGACCCUGAACGAACUCGUGCUACUCUUUGCUGUAUUCGCUGAAGGGCGAAGCUGGUACCCCGACACGGAUGACUCGGUGACGCGGCCGCUCGAAGUGCAUACCAUCAACGGCUAUGCCAACAGGUCUCUGCCAGGCCUGACUGGCUGCCAAGGGAGACCGGUGUACUGGCACGUGAUCGCAGUGGGUGCCACCCCCGAAGUGCACUCCAUUUUCCUCGAAGGACACACAUUUCUGGUGAGGAAUCACCGCCAGGCCUCCCUGGAGAUCUCACCGGUCACUUUCCUCACGGCCCAGACACUCCUGACUGACCUCGGCCAGUUCCUGCUGUCCUGCCACAUCUCCUCCCACCAGCACGCUGGCAUGGAAGCUUACGUGCAAGUAGCCACGUGCCCGGAGGAAUCUCAAGUACGGAUGAAAAAAACUGAAGAUGAUGAGGACGGCGACCUCUACGAGUCCGACAUGGACGUGGUCGGGUUUGGUGACGACAGCCCUCAUUCGUCUCUCCAAAUGCGCUCCGUCGCCAAAAAGCGCCCCAAAACGUGGGUGCACUACAUCGCUGCUGAAGAGGAGGACUGGGACUACGCCCCCUCAGCCCUGGCGGGCAGCCACCGAAGCCGUCAGGGUCUGUAUGUGGGCAGAGGCCCUCAGCGGAUCGGCAGCAAGUACAAGAAAGCGCGCUUUGUGGCGUACACAGACGAGACGUUUGCCACGCGGGCACCUGCCCCGCAGGAGGCGGGCAUCCUGGGCCCACUGCUGCACGGCGAAGUGGGGGACUCGCUCCUGAUCAUAUUUAAGAACCGAGCCAGCCGGCCCUAUAACAUUCACCCCCACGGAAUCGCUGACGUCAGCCCUCUGCACUCCAGCCGGCUGCCGAAAGGUGUGAAACACUUGAAAGAGCUUCCAGUUCAGCCUGGAGAGAUCUUCAAGUACAAAUGGACCGUGGCGCGAGAAGACGGACCGACCAAGGCAGACCCCCGGUGCCUGACGCGGUAUUACGCCAGCGCCGUCGAUCUGGAGCGAGAUCUGGCUUCCGGCCUCAUUGGCCCUCUCCUCAUCUGCUACAGAGAGUCUGUGGACAAAAGAGGAAACCAGAUGAUGUCUGACAAGAGAAACGUCAUCCUGUUCUCUGUGUUUGAUGAGAAUCAAAGCUGGUACCUCGCAGAGAACAUGCAGCGCUUCCUCCCCAGUGCAGACGGGGUGCCGCCUCAGGACCCAGAGUUCCAGGCCUCCAACAUCAUGCACAGCAUCAACGGUUAUGUUUUUGAUAGCUUGCAGCUGUCAGUUUGUUUGCAUGAGGUGGCAUACUGGUACAUUCUAAGUGUUGGAGCACAGACUGACUUCCUCUCUGUUUUCUUCUCUGGAUAUACCUUCAAACACAAAAUGGUCUAUGAAGACACACUCACCCUUUUCCCCUUCUCAGGAGAAACGGUAUUCAUGUCAAUGGAAAACCCAGGUCUGUGGGUUCUGGGGUGCCACAACUCAGAGUUUCGGAGCAGAGGCAUGACAGCUCUACUGAACGUUUCCAGUUGCCACAGGAACAGUGGGGAUGACUAUUACGACACCUACGAAGACAUCCCAGCCUCUCUGAUGGAUGCAAACGAUGGCAUUGCACCCAGAAGCUUCUCUGUGGACUCCAGACACCCUAGCACCCGGCGACAGCUAUUCAAGCCCAGUCCGGCCGCAGAGACUGGCACAGCGCAACCCCAGGACCCCGCAACCGGAGCUGCCGCCGGAGCCCUGCAGCGGCAGAAGGGCCGGUCACGUGACCGAGCAGGUGGGAGCAGAGUAUUUCCCCCGGAGCCACGAGCUCGACUAAGAUCGAGUGAGAGCCUGGGGAUCACCACAGCAGGAGAGGCCGAGAGAGUCGAUGCCAAAUUUUUGAGUUCAUCAAGCAAUGUAGUAACUUCCCCGACAGCCCCAUCAGCCACGUGGGCAGCAGGUGCUGGAGCGACGCCAGGCCCUGCGAACGGCCCGUCAGGCACGGCUGUAUUUGGCAGGAGUUCAGCUCACCUCCCUGGGUCUGGGCUACCUGCAAGCUCGGGUGAAGGUGAUCAUGAUUCCAAGUUGCUAGAAUCAGCGCCAAUGACGAGUCAAGAAAGGUCACCGGGAGAAAAUGGGUUCUUCAUGGAGAGUGGUGAGGUGUUUCGAGAAGAGAGACCUCAAGAACCCAUGUCGCCGAGCAAAGUUAAUACCUCUUUGGUAAAGACAAGCACCUCCACUGACGGGCCAGCGUUAUUCACUGGGAACAGAACAUGGGUCUGGCGAGAUCUGGUAUUAGGAAAGACGGCCGAGGCUCAAGAAGUGAUCUCUUUGCCUCCUAAUGAAACAGUUACGGACGAAACUCCUCCGGCCCCAGGGUUACGUCGUGUCGCCCAGGAAAUGGCUUUACCGGACAGCCCGGGAAAGGCUCCCCCCAAAGGGAGUCCUGCGGGAGACGCGGCCCCGCCCGAUGCCGCAAGUCGGAUCCAAAGGGCUCCGUCGGCAGCUGUGCGGUCAGAAAAAUGGAUGAGGCGUCAGAAUUUCUUGUCGGGGGCCGAGGUGGUAGUAGGAGAGGAAGCAGCACUCGGGCAGAGGAGUCUCCACGGCAGCAAGAACACAGCUCGCAGUAACAGCCAGGCAAACGACACACACACCCAAGGAAAACAGCCCCAGGGAGAGAUGGGGGGCUUCGCACAAGUCACACCCCCACCGGAACAGGUGGGUGGGCGCCGCAGCGUGGAGCCUGUGCUCGGGGAAGGCCCUCGAGGGCAGACGGCCCUGCCCACGCCGUGGCCGGAGGAAGACAGGGCGGACUACGAUGAGCUCUUCCCCACGGAAGCGAAGAGAGAGGAGUUUGACAUUUACGGUGAGGAAGAAGACGGGGGCCCGCGCAGCUUCCAGAAGAGAACACGCCACUACUUCAUCGCCGCGGUGGAGCGGCUUUGGGACUACGGAGUGGGUGCGGCCCCCGGCACCCCGAGGCGCGGCUGCUGCGGGGCGCACAAGCCGGCUGUCGCUCAGUUCAAGAAGGCCGUGUUUCAAGAAUUCACCGACGCCUCCUUCACGCAGCCCUUGUACCGGGGAGAGCUGAACGAGCACUUGGGGCUCCUGGGGCCCUACGUAAGGGCCGAAGUGGGGGACAGCAUCAUGAUAACGUUCCAAAACCAGGCCUCUCGCGCCUACUCCUUCUAUUCUAGUCUUAUUUCUUAUGAGGAAGAUCGAAGGCAAGGAGCAGCACCCAGAAGGAGGCGCGUGGAGCCCGGCGAGACCAGGAGCUACCUGUGGGGGGUGCAGCAGCACAUGGCACCCUCCGCGCCCGAGUUUGACUGCAAGGCCUGGGCCUACUUUUCUGACGUGGACCUGGAGAGAGAUGCGCACUCGGGCCUCAUGGGGCCCCUGCUCAUCUGCCGCCCUGGCACCCUGAGCGCAGCCCACGGCAGACAGGUGACUGUGCAGGAGUUUGCUCUGCUGUUCACCGUCUUCGAUGAGAGCAAGAGCUGGUACUUCGCCGAAAACGUGCGGAGGAACUGCGGGGCGUCCUGCGGCACCGACACGGCGGACCCCGCUGUGAGCGAGCGCUAUCGCUUCCACGCGGUCAAUGGCUACGUGUGGGACUCGCUGCCCGGCCUGGUCACGGCACAGGGCCGCAGGACUCGCUUGCACCUGCUCAGCAUGGGCAGCAGCGAAAACAGCCACUCCGUCCACGUCAGCGGCCACGUGCUCACGGUUCGGGGGCAGGAGGAGGUCAAGGGGGCCGUGUGCAGCCUGUACCCGGGCGUCUUCGAGACGGUGGAGAUGGUGCCGUCCAAAGCAGGCAUCUGGCGGGUCGAGUGCCUCCUGGGGCAGCACCUCCGCGCGGGCAUGAGCGCCUUGCUCCUGGUCUACAGCACGGAGUGCCACGUUCCCCUGGGAAUGACCUCCGGGCACAUCCGGGACGUCCAGAUUACGGCCUCGGGACAACAUGGGCAGUGGGCCCCAAAGCUGGCCAGACUUCACCAGUCGGGAUCAGUGAACGCCUGGAGCACCAGUGAGCCCUUCUCCUGGAUCCAGGUCGAUCUGUUGGAACCAAAGCUCAUUCACGGCAUCAUGACGCAGGGUGCCCGUCAGAAGCUCUCCAGUCUCUACGUCUCUCAGUUUAUCGUCACGUACAGUAUGGAUGGAAAGGGUUGGCGCAGCUACCGGGGGAACUCCACUGGCACCUUAAUGGUCUUCUUCGGCAACGUGGACUCCUCCGGUGUAAAGCACAACGUCUUCAACCCGCCCAUUAUCGCCCGGUACUUCCGCUUGCACCCAACGCACUACAGCACCCGCAGCACUCUCCGCAUGGAGCUGCUGGGCUGCGACCUGAGCAGUUGCAGCAUGCCCCUGGGCAUGCAGAGCAAGGCCAUCUCCGACGCGCAGAUCACUGCCUCGUCCUACCUGAAGAAUGUGUUUGCCGCCUGGUCUCCCUCCCAAGCCCGGCUCAACCUCCCGGGCAGCGCCAACGCCUGGAGACCGCAGGUCGACAGUCCCAAAGAGUGGCUGCAGGUGGACUUCCAGAAGACGGUGAAAGUCACGGGUGUGACCACACAGGGCGUGAAGUCUCUCCUGGCCGGCAUGUUUGUGAAGGAGUUCCUCAUCUCCAGCAGUCAAGAUGGCCGCACCUGGUCUCCGUUCCUUCAGAGUGGCCAAGUGAAGGCCACAUCCCACCCGCUGAACGCCGUGGCAGAGGACAUGCCCGCCAACGGGUCUGCAGCCCCAGGCAGCCCUGCCCAGGGCCAGGAUGUGCGGAAGGUGCGCCUCAUCCAGUUCGAGAAGGUCACGGAGGAGCCCAUGGGCAUCACACUGAAGCUGAACGAGAAGCAGAGCUGCACCGUGGCCCGGGUCCUGCACGGCGGUGUGAUCCACAGACAAGGCUCCCUGCACGUGGGGGACGAGAUCCUGGAAAUCAACGGCACGAACGUGACCAAUCAGUCAGUGGACCAGCUGCAGAAAGCAAUGAAAGAAACCAAAGGGAUGAUCUCGCUGAAAGUCAUCCCCAACCAGCAAAACCGACUUCCUGCGCUGCAGAUGUUCAUGAGGGCGCAGUUUGACUAUGACCCCAGGAAGGACACCCUGAUCCCUUGCAAGGAGGCGGGGCUCAAGUUCGUCACUGGGGACGUCAUCCAGAUCAUCAACAAGGACGACAGCAACUGGUGGCAGGGCCGCGUGGAAGGCUCCCUUCAGGAGUCUGCUGGCUUGCUCCCGUCUCCCGAGCUGCAGGAAUGGCGAGUGGCGAGCACGGCCCAGUCUGCCCCGAGGGAAGCACCGAGCUGCAGCCCCUUCGGGAAGAAGAAGAAGUACAAGGACAAGUACCUGGCCAAGCACAGCGCCAUUUUUGACCAGCUGGACGUGGUCUCGUACGAGGAAGUGGUGCGGCUGCCUGCGUUCCGGAGGAAGACCCUGGUGCUCAUAGGUGCCAGCGGGGUGGGCCGCAGCCACAUCAAGAACGCACUGCUCAGCCAGAAUCCAGAGAAGUUCGUGUACCCUGCACCCUAUACCACGCGGCCGCCCAAGAGGAACGAGGAGGAUGGGCAGGACUACCACUUCAUCUCCACGGAGGAGAUGACCAGGGGCAUCUCUGCCAACGAGUUCCUGGAGUUCGGCAGCUACCACGGCAACAUGUUCGGCACCAAGUUUGAAACAGUGAGGCAGAUCCACGCGCAGGGCAAGGUCGCCGUCCUCGACAUCGAGCCCCAGACCCUGAAGAUUGUCCGCACGGCCGAACUCUCGCCGUUCAUCGUGUUCAUCGCGCCCACUGACCAGGGCACCCAGACGGAGGCUCUGCAGCGGCUGCAGAAGGACUCUGAGGCCAUCCGCAGCCAGUACGCGCACUACUUUGACCUCUCGCUGCUGAACAACGGCGUCGACGAGACCCUGGAGCAGCUGCAGGCGGCCUUCGAGCAGGCGUGCGGCGCCCCGCAGUGGGUGCCUGUGUCCUGGGUAUACUAGCUGCACCUGCUGGCAACCCCGCGGCCUGCUGGACGACGCUUAGGGUCGCUCCAGCUUUUUCUCAGCUUCCAGCUCACUGCAAGCCUCCUACCUGAGCCCAGGUUGUGUCUUGAUUGCGCCGACCGUUCUGCUAAUCAAACUCGGGGCUCCCUGUGCCCCCAAAGCU